GCUAGCUAUUAAACCUUUAGCAUCAAAACAUUCCUCAAACGUCCUACUUUUGCCCAAUUAAACUGGCAAGUUUGUUGAACCCAUUGAGUAUCGUACACAGCUACAUUUUUAUAGAGUUGUAGCUAGCCACUAAUUUCAGAAAGAAAUGUUAGAACUAACGUUACAGGUAUUUGUAGUAGCAGUAUGACAGUUAGCUAGCAUGCUAGUAUGCUAAGGAUGGCAGAGGUUGGAUGUUGCAUACCUUGUAUUGAGACACGUUACAUCAUCAACGAAACUUUACAUCAUCAACCUCUGUGUGAAGUGAGUGUAUGAAGUUUCACCAAGUUGUUCUUGUCCCCGACAGCCAUGUCUAUGUGCGACGACACUCUGCUCUGCAACUACCCAAAGUGUCGGGCGAAGCUGUGUGGGUUCGCCUGGGUCACAGCUUGCUCUCACGCCUUCUGUGACCAACAUGGAUCCGGAGAGUUCAGCCGCUCCCCGGCAAUAUGCCCGGCCUGCUCCUCUGCACUCUCGGGAAAGCUGGACAUCGUGCGCACUGAGCUGUCGCCAUCUGAGGAGUACAAGGCCAUGGUGUUGGCGGGACUGAGGCCAGAGACAGUGCUGGACAUAAGCGCCCGUGCCCUGGCUUUCUGGACUUACCAGGUGCACCAGGAGCGUAUGUUCCAGGAGUACAGUCUGUCCCGGGCCGAGGGUCAGGUGAAACAGAUGGAGAAGGUGCUGACCCAGCAGAACCAGAGCAGAGAGCUGGAGCUCAAUGCCAUGAGAGGGGAGGUCACCUCACUGAAGAAGGUGAUGGAGGAGUACAAGAGGAAGUACAGUGAGGUAUCAGAGCGUCUGAUGGAGAGGAACAGACAGUACCAGAAGCUACAGGGGCUCUAUGACUCGCUGAGGCUACGCAACAUGGUGGUGGGGGACAGAGAGGCACCACGCCAGCCAGGACCCCCGGAGUUCAACACAGGGGUGGUCAGGAAGCCCUCUCCCCGAGGUAGUCCUCACUUCCUGGGCAUGGGCCCUGAGGGGGACAGCCGCCUUUUCUCCUCCCUGGAGCCCGAUGCUGGAGCCAAGACCUUCUUCCAGUUCAGCUCUCCUGCCAGAGACAGGGGCCGGGCCUUACUCAAGAAAUACUGAGACUAGAAUUCCAAUUCUAGAACUCCAGGAUUAGAAUGAAUAGAAUAAUUGUAUGUCUGACUGAGGCAACGCUGGUUGGGUACCUGGCUGCUGGAUCAAUGACAGCAUUAUCAUAGUGUAGACUGUCAGGUUAUCUAAGGAUGGUUUGAUAUUCAUAUUGUAGUUGCCUUUUUCUUACCUGAAGUUACUGUAUCUUGACAAAAUGCUCUGAUACAACAUUUAUGUUUGCAUUGCACUUAUUUUGUCAAUAAAAUUCAGCAUGACCAUUGUAA